CUACCAGCAGAGCAUGCAAUCAGGGAGCAGCAGCAGCAGGGAAGAUGCAGAAGCCUAGUCAGAAAGAGCAUCUCUACAAGCUACUGGUGAUUGGGGACCUGGGUGUGGGCAAAACCAGCAUUAUCAAGCGCUACGUCCACCAGAACUUCUCCCCUCACUACCGGGCCACCAUUGGGGUGGACUUUGCCUUGAAGGUGCUCAACUGGGAUGCUGAGACGGUGGUACGGCUGCAGCUCUGGGAUAUUGCUGGUCAGGAAAGAUUUGGAAACAUGACACGGGUGUAUUACAGAGAAGCCAUGGGAGCGUUUAUUGUCUUUGAUGUUACAAGACCAGCAACGUUUGAAGCGGUGACAAAAUGGAAAGAGGAUCUGGACUCUAAGUUGAUUCUCCCGAAUGGCAAACCCGUGGCAACAGUUCUCCUAGCAAACAAAUGCGACCAGGGAAAAGAUGUGAUAACGAACAACGGUCUCAAGAUGGACCAGUUCUGCAAGGAGAAUGGGUUUGUGGGAUGGUUUGAAACAUCGGCUAAGGAAAACAUAAAUAUAGACGAAGCUUCCAGAUGCCUGGUGAAACACAUAAUUGCUAGUGAAAGUGAUCUAAUGCAGCUCAUUGAACCGGAUAUUAUAAAACCACACCUGAAUUCUUCUAAUAUUGUCAGCUGUUCAGCUUGCUUUAAAUCCUAAGGGACUC